AUGUCGCAGGACUCCCACAAUGAUCCCGAUCCUUUCCAUGCCAUUGCUGUUCCGGAUGAGGCCAUGGCGAGCCCCGCGGCCAAAAGAGCUGCUUUCAGGCGGGAUCCACACGGUGUUCUUGUCUCCGGCCAGAGCUCCCAAUGUCGAAUAGUGCGAGAAGAGACAUUGGUUCGCAAAUCCGGGUCACGAGUUCGGGUUGAAGAAAGCAGCGCACUGGAAUUUGCCCAUUCCUUGCAACUUCCAGUCCCAGCGAUUCACGAAGUGAAAGCUUCCAGCCAGGAGACGGAAAUCCUGAUGGACUUCGUUGACGGGGAGUGUCUUGAGGAAGCCUGGAUGUCUAUGGACCCGGAGCAGAAGCGGAAUAUCGCAAAAAAAGUUAGACACGUGCUUAUAACAAUGCGAGAGGCAACAUCUGGUCAGCGUAGCAUUGGAGCUGUCAAUGGACCAGCUCACGAUUGUCGUCAAUUCUCGGAUUAUUUUGGUGGCCCUUUCGAUACCGAAGCAGAAUUCAACGACUUCGUUCUCGACUUUCUCCAAGGGACACCAUCGGUGAUCCGAGAUACUGUCAGAGGUGCGUUCGGCACUGACAGUCAAAUUGUCUUUACGCACKGCGAUCUGACACCGCGGAACAUCAUCGUCAAGGACGGCCAUCUUCAAGCACUACUGGACUGGGAGUACGCUGGGUGGUAUCCUGAAUACUGGGAGUAUGUGAAAUUCUUUGAUAGGCCAACAGACUGCAAGGACUGGAAAGAGUAUGCCGAAAUCAUAUUCGCGACGCACUAUCCAAAGGAACUUUUGACACACCAAGCGCUGGCAAGAUGGCAAAAACCGUAA